GAUUGAGGAAAAUUGCAUUGUGUAUCCAAACUGGGAAUCGUGAGAAGUUGAAAAAGUUUUCAAUUGCUGGCAAUUGAGGGUAACUGCGCAAUUUGUGAUCUGUUGAGGAUAGGGUCAAUCAUCAACACUGGAUAGCGAAAGUUCAACGUCAUAUAAGAGAAGAAUUAAGAGAAAGAGACGAGUUGUCUGUCGUUGUUGCUCGUUAGUGCACCGAGCUUUUCGCAGUGUUUUAAAUACAAUUAAAAAAUGGAUGCAGUACCUGUUGCUGCCUCCUCGUCCUACUUCACGACGAGUCUCUUUUACCCACUCGUCUUCAUCGUCGCUAGUCUUUGGGCAGUCCACUGGUAUAUUGAGAACUUGAGGAUUGUACGAAUGGGAAACAAAUUGCCUGGACCAAAAACUGUUCCCUUCUUCGGGAAUGCUUUACUCGCCUUCGGGGUUGCUCCAGAAGACGUGAUGGGUGAAGUGAUCAAAUACCUCCAUUACGGCAGAGUUAUCAGAGCUUUUCUCGGUACGAAGCUCAUUGUCUUUCUGAUCGACCCAAGGGACGUUGAGAUUAUCCUGGGAAGCCAUGUCCAUCUCGAUAAAUCUGCAGAGUACAGAUUCUUCAAGCCAUGGCUUGGAGAGGGUCUUCUGAUCAGCACUGGAGAGAAGUGGAGGACACACAGGAAAAUAAUCGCCCCUACCUUCCACCUCAAUGUCCUCAAAACCUUUGUUCCUCUGUUCUAUGAGAACAGUCUGGACCUAGUGAAGAGGCUGAAGUUGGAGGUUGGCAAGAAAUUCGAUAUCCACGAUUACUUGUCUGCAGUGACUGUUGAUAUCCUCCUGGAUACUGCCAUGGGCGUGCGAGGAGGAAAGAGAGAAAAGACUGGAUUCGAUUAUGCCAUGGCUGUAAUGAAGUUGUGCAAUAUUGUUCACCAGAGGCAGUACAACUUCAUGCUUCGUAUGGACCCAGUCUUCAAGUGGUCAAAGUACGCGACAAAGCAGGAGCAACUCCUGAGCAUUAUUCAUGGAUUGACCAGAGGUAUUAUGGACAAAAGGAAAAAGGAUUACGAGGAAAAGGGAGAGGACGCUUACCCUGAGGAGCUCAGGCAGGGCAAGUCCAUUGAUUCGAAGACAACGGAGAUCAUUAAAUCCUCGAACAUGAAAUACGUAAGAGACGAUCUCGACGAAAUUGAUGAGAACGAUGUGGGGGAGAAGAGACGAUUAGCCUUUUUGGAUCUGAUGCUGGAGCUUUCACGGAAUGGAGCGAACAUGACUGAAGACGAGGUUCGAGAGGAGGUUGACACUAUCAUGUUCGAGGGUCAUGACACUACAGCUGCUGGCUCCAGUUUCACUCUCUGUGUAUUGGGGAUCCAUCAAGACAUUCAGGAACGAGUCAUGGAGGAGCUGGACAGUAUAUUUAAAGGAUCAGAUCGCCCCUGCACCUUCCAAGAUACACUGGAGAUGAAAUACCUAGAACGUGUCAUCAUGGAAUCAUUGAGGAUGUUUCCUCCUGUGCCAGCUAUCGCCAGGCAUCUCAACGAGGAUGUCAAGCUUGCAUCUGGUGAUUAUGUACUACCUCGAGGCACUACAGUGAUUAUCGCACAGUAUCAAAUACAUCGUCUUGAGGAGUACUAUCCAAAUCCAGAGGUCUUCGAUCCCGAUAGAUUUUUGCCCGAAAAUACACAGAGCAGGCACUAUUAUGCUUACGUUCCUUUCAGUGCUGGACCAAGAUCUUGCGUGGGUCGGAAAUAUGCAAUGUUGAAGCUGAAAGUGCUCAUCUCCACCAUCUUGAGAAACUAUAAGAUUCUCUCCGAUCUGACUGAAGCGGAUUUCCGGCUACAAUUGGACAUAAUCCUGAAGCGUACAGAUGGCUUCCCAAUCUGGAUCGAGCCGCGAACGAAAACCACGAAUGUUAUGUGAAUGAUUAUGAUUGAAAAUAAUAAAUGUUUAAAAUUA